CUUGCAACAUAUAUAUGUGCAAUUGCAACAUCCCGCGUUAUCUUAGCUUUGAUCGUAUACACUUGACAUCAUAGUCCCAAUAGUUUCCAUCUAAAACCAUUGUUUACCCUACUCCUAUCUCAUCCCAUCCCAUCACAAUGGCUGCAGCACGUCCCACUGGUCUCAUCGCCAAGAAGGGCAUUGAGCUCUUGACAUUCGGCACACCGAAUGGCUACAAGGCUAGCAUCAUCCUGGAGGAACUGAAGGAGGCUUACGGGCUCCCUUUCGUGGUCCAAAGCAUCAAUAUCAUGCAAAACAUCCAGAAGGAGCCAUGGUUCACGUCACUCAACCCCAACGGCCGCAUCCCUGUCAUCGUUGACCAUGACAACGAGCAGCUUGCUGUCUUUGAGGGCAGCGCCAUUCUCAGCUAUCUGACGCGCAAGUACGACACUGAGCACAAGUUCUCAUUCGCCCUCUCAGACAAUGACUACACCCGAGCCGAGUCUUGGAUUGGCUGGCAACACGGUGGACUGGGACCCAUGCAAGGUCAAGCGAACCACUUUGUGAGGUUUUCCAAGGAGAGAAUCCCCUACCCCACCCAGCGCUACGUCGGUGAGACGGAGAGACUGUUUGGCGUGCUGAACACGCACCUCGAUAAGCGGGACUUUGUCGUCGGUCCGGAUCGCGGACGCUACAGCAUCGCUGAUAUCUCAAUGAUUGGGUGGGUGCAAGGCGCUCCCAUGGCAGGCGUGGAUAUCUACCAGUUCCCAAACGUCAAGGCUUGGUUGGACAGAUGCUAUGAGAGACCUGCUGUUCAGCGAGGUAUCCAGAUCCCCAGCUCUCCGUACAUGUCCGUGGCUAGCAUGGAGCAGAGACUGAAGGAAGAAAAGGACCUUGUUGAGAGUGAAGCUGAGGUCAAGAAGCAAGUUGAUGAUGCGAAGAAGGCUUACGGUUACGUCUACUCAUCACCUUAGAUUAUGGGUGGAAAACAUAAGUCGCCUUCGGCCUUUGUAUGGUAGUGUUGAACAGAGCUUUUGUGACAGGAGAGAAAUUGUAAAGCGAACUUCACUUUGAAUGGAGAUAAAGUGCAACGC